AUGUGUCACCUGCAUCGCUGCUGUUAUGCAGCUCUCGUCGUCGUUGCGCUCUUCUUCGUCGUCGCGUCCGCAAAAAUCGCUGACGAUGAAGCCAAGACUUUAAUCAACAGCUACAACUGGAGGUACUUCGAGUACGACUGGUCUUCGAGCAGGCAGAGGGUGCUGUUCAUCCGAAAUGGGACCUACGAUUACGAGAACAUGGUGCCGAUCGACGUCGAUCAGGCCCGAGACGGCCGGAUAUUCGUGACGGUUUUGGCCAAGGAUGGAGUUCCGGCUACGGUGAAUACUCUGGCGAACAAGUGCGGUACGACCGGUGGGCCGGUGCUCCAGCCUUAUCCCGAUUGGUCUUGGCAUUUGGGCUCGAGGGACUGCGACCAGACCAUCGUGAAUGUGUACAGGGUUGCGAUCGACAAGUGCAACAGAAUAUGGCUUCUGGAUACCGGUAAAAAGAACGGAGACAUCCUGUGCUCGCCAAAGUUAUUGGUAUUCGACCUGGAGACGAACGAAUUGGUUCACAGAGUGACUAUACCCAAAAGAUUAGGCAUGAAUCGUCAAACACGUAGAGGAAAUCUCGUCACUCCGAUCGUUCAUUACGAAGAUGAUUCUUGCUCCGAUCCAGAGAAAGCUAAGAUUUAUAUCGCCGAUAAUUACGGAAAUGGCCUCCUGGUAGUACAGGGCAAGGAAAUCCGACGACUCGAGAGCCAAGCAUUCGAGCCCGAAUACGGUCCGGCAGAAACUUUCUCAAUCGCCGGUGAAAAAUUCAACCUUAGCGACGGAGUGGUGGGCUUGGCACUGUCACCGAAAUUACCCGAUGGCUCUCAGUACUUAGCUUUCAGACCUCUGGCCUCAUACUCGAUGCACUUCGUCGCCACCAACGAGCUGCUCACGAAAAAAAUCAACUAUCUCAGUGGCAUGAAUGUGCUACCGAGUCAAGGCACUGCUCCACUGGUAUUUUCGCGCGAGGGUGUUUUAUUCUACGGAUUAUCCGAGGAAAUAGCUCUGGGCUGUUUCAAUUUUACCGACCCCAUAAACUUCAGCCAAAGCUACAAAAUCGUGCUUCGUGACCACGAGCGCCUUCAAUUCAUCAGCGGCUUGAAGAUCGUCCUUAACGAGGAGGGCGAGGAAGAACUGCUCGUCAUGUCGAAUCGCAUGCAGAAAGUCUACAACGACUCGCUGGAUUACGAUGAGACCAACUUCCGUGUGUCGAGGUACCCCGUGGCGGAGCUCGUCCGGCGCUGUAAAGCCGAGAAACGAGACUAA